AUGUUAUAUUUAUCACUGAUUAUUUCAGCUAACUUUGGCCCUUGGGAACUAGGCCCACAGCAUGGCUUUGCCAGAACCAGUAAAUGGAAGGUAGAAAAAGAACCUGUGGCAGAUAAAGAUGGAAAUGUGACAGCAGUGCUGAGUUUGGAAGAUGAUGAUAUAACCAGAGCAUUGUGGGACUACAGGUUCAAGUUGACAUACACUUUGACGCUAUCUGAAGACUCAUUUGGAAUGAAGUUUCAAGUAGAGAACAAAGAUAAUAAACCCUUUGACUUCACCUGUUUGCUGCAUACUUACUUCAGAACAUCAGAUGUGGUAAAGACGGAUGUGCUUGGGCUUGGCAACCUGCAGUACAUUGAUAAGGUAAAAGGAGUCCAAACAUUCCAGCAAGUAGACGACCCAAUUAUAGUGGAAGAGAAUGUGGACAGAAUCUACCUGAAUACCCCAAAUGAAAUUCUCAUAAAAGAUAAAGAAGAUGGGACCACUGUGAAGCUAACAAAGGAUAACUUCCCUGAAAUCGUGUUAUGGAACCCAUGGAAAGAGAAAGCAGCAGCCAUGGGAGACUUUUGGGAUGAAGAGUAUCCAAAUAUGAUCUGUGUGGAAGCAGGUUAUGUUCACAAGCCUUACACAUUACAACCAGGCUCUGUCUUUGAGGCAUCACAGACACUGACUGUUGUGUAACUGCAAUACCUGAAGCAGCAUCUAAGGCAUUGGAAUAUGUUAUAGACCAAAAUUAAAU